ACUAUUGUUAUUACUAUUACUAUUACUAUUACUGUUACUAUUAUUAUUAUCUUUAAAUAUGACAUUCAACAACUUUAAGUUUGUUUCCGUUGAUCCUACUCAACCUGCACCACGUGGUCGACAAUUGCAUCAAGCCAUUGCUAAUGAGAAUGUCGAGACAAUUGAAAUCCCAGUUAUAUCUUGCGAUGAAGUACCUAUACCUGACAAAGUCCAAGAAGUCGAAAAUUUCGAAGACGAUGAAGAACCCGAAAAUAACGCUGGCGUAGAAAGCUCUUCUGAAAGAGCAAACGAUCGUAUCUGGUGCAAAAAUGCUACAAAACUAUUUUUAAAAGUUGUCUUAGAUACAGAUAUCUACAUCAAAACUAGAUCUGCAGGUGGUCACAAGAGGAAGAUUGGCCACCUCUGGGACAACUUUUUGGUAACGUUCAAGAGUGAACCAGAAUUCAAAAGCUUGCCUCGUUCGUUCAGGAGAGUGGUGGACAGCAGCAAGUGUAACAGCAAGUUCAGGUCGUUGAAGAAAACAUAUAAGAAAGCUACAGAUAAAGUAUUGGCCCAUACUAGUCGUGGUAUUACUCGCUCCCGCCCACCUUGGUUUGACGAAAUGUGUCAAAUUUUCUCGAAUUGUGAUUCAGUACAAACAGCGGUUGAAGAACCUUCUGCCACAAGAUCUGGUUCGACAUCCUUCCGUGUCCCUCUCACUACGUCACGUAAUCAAAUCCAGCCACUCAAUGUUGAUCACAAUGAUCCAAUUUUCGACCUCAUAGCUUCAGUGUGUACAUCCGUAACAAAAGAAGUGAGAGUCUCUGUACGUGAAUUCGCCGAGGCAUUCCUUGAUACCAUCGAAGAAAAAGCAGAAAAGAAGAGGAGGGUUGAUGCAAAGAUGGAGUUGAAGCUGAGGAAAGUUGUGGCUUUAGAGAAGCGGGUUGAGUUGAUGGAGAGAGAAGCCGAAGACAGAGCUCUUGAACGGGAAAGAAAAGAGAAAAAAGAUGCCGCACUUCUUUCGCAUUACAAGACGAUGAAUGAAAUUUUAUCGAUUCUUGCAAAACGAAGUGUACAAAGCAGCAACAGCCAAAACAAUAAAAAGGGUGAGGCUUGAAAUAAAAUC